AUGGAGACGAUCCUCAAUAGAGACACUGCUAAGCACAUCUGGGACUCUCUGAAGCAGAAGUACCAGGGUUCCACAAGAGUCAAAAGAGCACAGCUCCAAGCUCUUCGGAAGGAGUUUGAGGUUCUCCAGAUGAAAGAGGGUGAGAGUGUUGAUGCACACUCUUCAUAG